UGCUGGAGGAGACCUUCAGACACUCCUGGACGAAGAUAUGGUACCAUAUGAACGUGAUGUCAUCAGCUUCACGCGACAGCUCCUUGAGGGACUCGUCUUUGUUCACGAUCUUAACCUCGUGCACCUGGAUAUUAAGCCACAAAACCUGGUGUUGAUGGGGGAAUUCCCAGACUGCGCCGUCAAGCUCUGUGACUUCGAGAUCUCGCGAGUGUUGACGCCAGGACGAGAAGUGAGGGAGAUCCUGGGCACCCCGGACUAUGUUGCCCCAGAAAUUCUGCUGUACGAACCCAUCACUAAGAAGACAGACAUGUGGUCAUUGGGCGUGCUGACCUACGUCCUCUUAACUGGGUUCUUGCCAUUUGGAGGCAACACCGACCAGGAGACCUUCCUGCAGAUCUCGCGGGGGGAGCUCGACUUUCCCGAGGAGCUGUUUGAGGACAUUUCUCCUGAGGCCAUCGACUUCAUCCAGCGCCUGCUAGUGAGGCAGCCAGAGCGCCGCAUGAGUGCUCAGGAAUGUCUAGGUCACCCAUGGAUGAAGAAGGAGAUGGACAGACCAGUCCGGCCAACAACCCUCAACCUGCCAGUCACCCCCGUGGUCAUCCCAACACCGGUCACUUCACCACCAGUAACACCCACUUCUAACACGGCUCCGUCAGAGAUCACCUCACCUACUAGAGAUAUUGGUCUUCCACCCUUACACCCCAACACUCCACUCAAACAAGCACCUCCGUUCCCAGAACCCAACUCCACCCUCAACUCACCCAUGACAUUCAUGUCUCCAGUUUCUCCAUCAGCCUUAAAUCGCCAAGAGUCUCGAACUUCAUCAAGACAUAACCUGGACCGCAUCAGGAGCAUGUCUAAAUCCCGUGAAGUCUUAUCAGAGAGGAUCCAGAUGUCUAAUUUGAAGAAAACAAUAUCUAAAUCCCGAGAGAGACUUUUCGAUGUUAAACUUGGUUUCUCUAAAUCCCGUGAGAGGCUUAUGGCUCUUCGAUCCUUCUCACAGUCGGUUGAAGUACUUUCUGCCCUUUCGCAACUCAAUCAAGAGAACUCAAGAUACCAGAGCUGCAAUAAUAUCUUCAUUCCUAUGUGUGCUCCCAGCGAUAAGGAGACAGACGUCUCUUGCAGAAUGUAUAAAAGUUUAGCUGCUAUUGACCAAUUAGAUGAAAUGAAUUACUCACGUAAACUUGGGUAUUUUGAAUCAAGAUUUUCCAAGGAUGACGAGGACUACAAUGAUCUUGUCACUAGACAUAACACCAACAUGAAUAGUGUCAUCACAGCCGAGGAUUCCUCGAAGACUGGAAGAUGUGGAGACACAGUGAACGAAGCUCGCCUUCGAGGUGGAGGUCGAGGUGGUCGUGGUAGUGACAUUUGUGACAAGCGCUGCCCUCGUCAUAACCACAGACAACCUGAAGCACAGCUUACACAGAAAAUUCCCAAGGUGAACAGGGCAGAGCGCAUGAAACGUGAGGCACAAAGAAGGCGGAAAGAGAAAAAAGAGAGAGAAAUCGAAGAUAGAGAGAAACAGAAGGGUAGUUUGGUUAGUGACCCUGAAAUAGUGUUGCGCACAAACAACAAAACAGCGCAAGAGAAAAACACUGAAGGAGCUUCGUCUCCUAAUGGUCGGCGAAGGUCAAUGUCGCACGUAGAGCAGCGUAUAGCUGAGCGACACGAGCGACAGCAAGAAAAAUUGGAGAAGCAGGAAAAGGGGGAGAGAAGACACAGUCUGAGCAGCAGAAGACGUGGUUCCGUAGACCUAGACAGAAGUCCAGUUAGUGAGAGAUUAAGACUUGGCAAGAACAACAAUCUGAGUGCAUCACAAGAUAAACUACGCAGUACGACACCAACUGGAAAGCGCAAGAAUAAGAAACUAUCCAGUGGGGGCAGUGAUGUCUCCCAAGCCUCCUCUCUGGAAAGUGUCGAUGGAAAUCUUGACAGUCCACGAUCACCAGCAAGGCCUAAGAGACCCACGACUUUGGAUCUUCCUGAAAUUAAAGUCUUUACAGACAGCAUGCUCCUCGUAUCGGAAAAAGGAGAUGUUAAUGAUAAUAUUGUUAAAGAGGAAAAUCCUGGAGAUAUUGACGAGGCUUAUGUUUCAUUAGAGGAGCCAAGCACAUACAGUAGAGGUCGAAGCAUUGAGAGUAAUACGUUCAGUGAGUCAAGCAGGACAAUGCCAGACACAGAACAAGAACAACUUAAAGAGGAAGUAUUGAAAUCACUGCAAAAUGCGCCGUUAAUACAGUCAAAUGAACCGGAGUUUGACAGUAGGAUAAUGAAUGCAUCAGAAAAGGAAGAUGAGCCAAAAAAUAAUGCGUUACAAAUUGCGUCAGAGCGAGGUCUUGGUGGCUCUGGAGAGUUAACCAUCAUCGAAGAAGAGGAAGAUGGCAUAUCUAACAUAAGAUCUGUACCUACUUAUGUAAGGUCGAUAUCAACCAGUAGCGACAUUGGCAGUAUGAUUAGUGAAGGCAGUGAAGGCUCUAUGGAUCGGGAUGAUUAUGGUUCUCGGAGUCCAAGCACAGACACCGAGCUCUCACCAGACUGGAAAGGUCGCUCCAGAUCGAUGGUUGUUCAUUCUGGAUCUCCAGGAUCAUCAAAGCACAGAGGGAGGUCCAGGUCCAGUUCCGUACACCUUGAACCCACUGAUAAUGGUCGGGCCAGACCCUGGGGAAGCUUAUGUGAUGGCGCUGUGGCCAGAGCCUUAGAGAAAUUUAACAUUAGGAAUGACGAUGCAACACCAGGGGGUAAAAGUACAAGAGUUAGACGUUCAUCAUCUCCUGCAAUGUCCCCGUCAGCAGAGAACGACUGUUCUGUUUUCCAUUGAACAUUGCUCCUCAAAAUCAUUUUCACUUCAUUAUAUUUCUUUCAUCUCAUGCCUUUUCACUCUCCAGGAAAUCACUAGUCCUCAUAUGCCCACCAAAUAUUGUAGAUACGAUUCUUUGUAGUUAUGUUCAUCGCAUUUAAUAACCCUAAUAUUCAGUAAUAAAAUUACUUACUAAAAUUUGAUGGGUAACUGUACAUAGCAGAAAACAUACAUGUGUAGGAUUACCAAGGCAUUAUUGCAACCAAACUUCCUGACGACAAAAACCUAUCACAUCGACGGGAUAUUUUUGUAUUACCAAAGCUAAUGAUCUUUGAAUACGUCGAUAUUGCUAGUCAUAUUCUUGCCUACAGUCAUCUUACCGAAGCUAACCAAGGCGAGUGCCAUUCUUAAAAUUUCUUUCGUUUCUUUUCUCCCAGUUCACCACUGUCAGCUACUCCUGCGGUCAGUGUCGUCAGCGCCAUAUUUUGGCACUGACAUAAUGAACUGUUUCUGAAGUACUGCUGGUAAUUCAACAUUUUACAACUUCUCAAGUUUUUACAUUUAAUUUACAGGAAAAACAUUUUUAGCGACCCUUGUUGCCGUAAGUCAACCGAAUAAGCUUCGGGCGUUCAGUAACUUAUGAGGCUUCAUAAUGUGUUAACAAUCUGUGUUUGCCUUCUUGUCCAUGGCAGAGGUACAGCUGACGCGGUGCUUGUAAUGAAACGGGUAUUAUUAUUCUCUUUACCAAACCGGUGCUAAACCCAACCUGACUUUACACCAAAUCCUUCCUGACCAGGGUCUCAAAACCUGCCUGACCUAGCUCCUAAGGCCAGCCUGACCCGAUUCCCGGUGCAUCUUGACAAUAUAAUUAACGAGUGUGAUCAGCCUGAUUCCGUCCUGAUUUAGCUUCCAAAGUGCAACUUCCGAAAGAGUUAGACCCCAUGUUAGUGCCUAACAUCACAAUGACAAAAAAUUCCUUUUUAAAUUCUAUACAUAAUGUCUUGCUUUCUUUAUUGGCAAAGAUACCAUCAAAAUUUAUCCAAUAAAUUUGUUUAUUUCUUUUCAGCAAUAAACGUAUUUAAAAAAAAUAGUAUAUUUAACAGCUACUACACUGUCUUUCGAGUAUAAUAAGGUUAUUAUAACAUUUGGAUGACAGUUGCUUAAUAACAUAGCAAAAUUAGCGAAAUUAUCUGUUUGAGUUGGAGUUUAGGAAUCGAGCAGUGACAGCGUAGAUACACUUGUAUGAGGCGACCUGACGAGGAACAUAGCCAAGUGUACUAGCUUGUUGUUCAUAUAUAUCAAUUAUUUCGAUCCAAUAAA